ACGGCCCGGUCCAACCGCCCGGAGUCCGCCGACGGAGAGGGCGGGGUUAGGAGUUGGGGGCUGUAACCAGAGGAUGUGACGUUCUGGUCGGAGAGAAGAUUGGGAGAUUGUCCCCGUAUCGGAUAAACUGCGGCAGUUGGCGUUGAUGUUUGGCCGGGGGGGAUUAUAGCAAGCCAGCGGGAUGGCCGACUGAGUGGACGCCGGGGCGGCGACGCUACAAGAAAUCACAAGAAUGGAAGCGACUCUCGCGUUGGCCGCUAUCAUUUUCACGCUGCUCGCCAUGGUGGUCGCGACGUCGCUGCUCAAAGGCUCGUCUCCCGCGGCGGACUUCGCCAAUGCGCGCAGCUACUUCGGCCAGAGAGGAGACGGAGGAUCAGCGACGUCCGAGGCGAAGCUGAACGGCCAUGUAGCCGGGCAGGAGAGGAAGAAGGACGCCGAGAACUGGAGCGAGAUCAGCGGGAGCUCACACGACCACUGGGAUGUAGUGAAAUCUGAGCAGGGACACCCUCACUUUCACGCAGAAGGCGGUGCAGCAGUCGAGUCCUCUUCCUCCACAUCGAGCCUUUCUGUCCCCAGUUUAGAGACUGAAGGAGCCACAGAGAGCCCAGGGGACAACACAUGUACUCUUGUUUUCUGUUUGAACAGCGAAAGUGGAAUCGGAUGCAAACAAUUCCUUGAAAUAUGUUCCUGGAAAGGCACGAUCGCACCAUUUAGAGGUGAUGAUGUCCAAAGAAGAGUUGGCAGAGGAGCAGAGGGUGCAGCGGGAGCAGCUGGCCGCCAUUUUCCAGCUGCUGAAAGACAACAAGGAGACGUUCGGGGACGUGUCUGAAGGAGACUUGGAGGAGCAGCUCAGGCUCUACUCCAUCUGAGACGCCUCUACAACCUGAUCUGCUCCAAAGACUUAUUCAGGACUUCAAAUAUUUCAUUUAAUUCCCUUGCAGUAUUCAACAUGGCUGUCCGUUCCAACAACAAUGGCUUAUUGUUUUCAUUUUUAAAUUGUAUUAAGCACACUCACACACCUGCAUUGAUCAGAUAAUUAUGAAAAUCACAAUGGAGCAUUGUUUCUAUUAGAUCUAUGAAUAUAACUUUCAAACUGUUGCAUAAUAAACCAGAACAUUGUGUAACUUUU